AUGGGAUGUUACUCAGGAAGAAGCAGCCGGCUCUUCUUAAUGUGUGUUGUGAGCCUGCUACUCUUUAUUGUGGAGAUAUCAGUAGCAUACGUUGGUAACUCUCUGGCUCUAGCUUCAGAUGCUUUUGCCGUCCUUUCUCACUUCAUCUCUAUGAUCAUAGGGUUGCUCGGUGUCCGAUUCAGUCAUGUCAGAUGGCACAAAAGGAGCACUUUUGGCUUCCCCAGGGCAGAUGUAUUGGGUGCCUUUGGCAAUUCUGUCUUUGCCACUGCACUGAUGGUCAGCAUCUUUAUUGAAGCCAUUAAGAGGUAUCUGAAUCCACAAAAGACUGAAGAACCGCUGUUUGUCCUCAUUGUAGGAAUAGUAGGUCUCUUCUUCAACAUGUUCAGUUACGUUAUGUUCAUGGACUGUUGUUAUUGUCAAGUAUCCAUUGCCCAAGAGGACAUUGAGAUGGAAGUUGGUUUUGAGAAGAUCAAUGUUUUUUCUGUUUGUAGAACUUAUACACAACACAGCGUUUCUUCUUUGAAUGCAGGUGAUUCAGGGAACAACGAGAAAGAGAUUGAGGAGGGGGAGACAAAGAAAAAAGAGAAAAAGUCUGCAGCCCUGAACAUCAGAGGUGUUCUUUUACAUGUUAUGGGAGAUGCACUUGGAUCGGUGGUUGUGGUAGUUACUGCUACCAUAUUUUAUGUGCUUCCCCUGGAUGCCAAUGCUCCAUGUAACUGGCAGUGUUACAUUGAUCCAAGCCUGACGGUCGUCAUGGUGUUCAUCGUUUUGUCAUCUGCCUUCCCACUUAUCAAAGAGACCUCCACUAUUUUGCUGCAAAUGGUUCCCAAAGGUGUUAAUAUGCAAGUCCUGACAAGCAAACUAGCUGAAGUGCCAGGGGUUAGCAGCCUUCAUGAGGUGCAUGUUUGGGAACUUGCAGGUGGGAAGAAUAUUGCUACCCUUCACGUCAAGUGCCAAGCUCCUUCUGAUUAUCAGGAUGCUUCUUAUAACAUACGGAAGGUUUUUCAUGAAGCAGGGAUCCAUUCUGUGACCAUCCAACCAGAAUACAUUGGCAACAAGCCCUCUGAGCUAACGUGCAGCUCGCCCUGUAUCUCCAAAGCUUGUGCUUCUCAGCUGUGUUGCAUACAGCAGGAAAAAACACUUACCCAUUCUAAUGGGAGUGCUGAGAAAAACGACGGUGUUCCCCUAGCACUAUCUAAAGACAAUGGUUUUAAUAAAAAUGAUGUAGAAAUUCCUGUUGGGUCUACAUUAGCAGAUGAGAGCAUUAACAAUAUGAAAAAUUGUAACAAAUCAGGAGGUGAUACAUCAAUCAUAAGUAGUACACGAUUUUAAACAGUUUGUUUUAUACUUGGUAAUCUCUUCAUAGAACAAAGCCUCAUGGCUGAAAUGUAAGUGGCCGUUGGUUGUAGCUGAAGUCUAUGUUGGAAAAGCUGUCUGUGCUGUAGCUGUAAACCAAAACAUGUAAAAAACAUGUGUCUGAAAUGAAGAUUAUCUUCAUGAAGACUUGCAUUCACCUAAGAUUGUUCUAAACCAAUUUAACACUGAUUCCUUGACCUAACUAGAUGGGAAUUUUUAUUUUUAGUGUGUAUCAGGUGUUUUGCAGUCUAGGUUGGUGCUUACAGUUUAUGACCAAUGGCACUGGGAAUUAAACUCUGGUCUCUUUACUUAAUUGGGCUGCUCACUGAAAGCUUUCUAGUGAGUUGAUGAUUGUACUGGACCGAAGCACUGCAUUUUCAUAAAGGAAUUUAAUAUAUAUAUUUUCACUAGUUCUCAGAACUCUGUUUACAUAGCCAGGAUUUCUCAGCUGUAACCGUAACUCUUGUGCUUCUGAUCUAUGGACCUGUGAAUUAAAUCAGGGUUUCUGAAAAUGUGGAGCAUACACUCAGGAAUGUUUGACUUGCAUUAUUUUCUGGAUUGAUACCUGUAUUUAGGGGAUGGAGCAAAAGUGGAUUUCUUGCUUCUUUAAUAAUAAUAUGUGAAUGUCAGUGUACUUAAUUGUAAUUAGACUAAAGAAUACACGGUCUCUCAAAGCAUAUGACCACUUGUUCAUUAACACUGUAUAGGAUUGUAUCUGCUCUAGUAAGUGAAAAUGCAGAUGUUCAUCCAGUUAAUUCUAUCUUGUUCACCUGUUUGAUUAUAAAACCCAAUUUAUUUUGCCAGCAGCCAUUAUAAUAGCCACAGUGAAUCUAAUGAAUUGAGUUAUGUGGGAAUGACAGUGAUUUAUUUUUUUUUGGCAUAUAACAUCAUUAUUGUCAUUCAUAAUAAAUAAGCUGAAGUGCCUCUUCACGAAUAGUUAAGAUUCUGCAAUUCUGUUCUGUCUAUCAAUAAGACACAGUUUAACAUUGAGUUUAUUCAGGUGGUCCCUUAAAAUUUGGUUUGCAAUUUUUAUGCUUAAAAGGAGCUUUUUAAUCUUUGCAAAGUUUAUUCCCAUAGUUUUAUUCUCAUAAUCUGGUUUGAUUUUUUUUUUUUUUUCUUCAAGUUUUCAAGCCCACCCCCCCAACUCCAGGUUACCAUAGAGGUAUAUUUUCAAAAUGUUGUAUGACAAGCACAGUUUCUGUUACUGCUAGAAAAUAUACCCACUAUUCUAGUUAUAUUUUUGGAAUUCAUUUCAAGGUGCUUUGAGGAAAACAAAUGCCUCCACAGCAUUGGAAUUAGGUCAGGCUUGAGCUCAGUCUGUCUCAGAAGGAUCACUGGUACUCACCCACCCUCACUGAGUUCAAGAUUUGAGCUUGCCAGGUUAGGCAGAUCAACUUUACCAGUGCUCAUGAUCAGACAGAAUCUUUAAAAUCUGUUUUCUGCCAAAAACAGCCUUUCAACAGUCUGCUCAGCUUGGGUAAAUUGUGUGUUUGGCAUCUCAUAUUUCAGAAUCAGGGUGAGCAAGGAAGUUUUGUACCUGGGGUGCUAAGUUUUGAGGACCUGCUAGCAAGGCAGGCUUAGAAGUAGCAUAUACAUAUUUAAAUAUGGGCAACUGUAGUCCCUUAAAAUAUUCUUAAGGGUAAGAUUUAAUAAACUUACAGCAGGACUUCUGAAUGUUUGAGGAAUUACAUUUUCUAAAAAAAGCUAUUGCAUUGAGUAUAGAAAAUAAUACACAGCUUAUCACUAUUUACCCUUCGAACAACAGCUUUGGCUUCAUGGGUAAAGUAGAUAUAUUUUAUUAUUGUCCAGUGUAGGUGUUUAUUAAAUACAGUAAAUGGCAUGUUGAUAUCAUUCUCUUGCAGUCUUUUUGACCUGAAAAUCCUAUUGAUGUCGGUGGCAGUCCUGGUUGUUUAAACGGAAGAAUAGUUGUUGCAUGAACCAAUAUAAGCCAGGAAGCAUUAAUUGCUUAUACUGCUCUGCCUUUUAAAAAUAUGGCAUGAAAUAAAACAACCCUUGCUCCCACUGUUUUUUGUAUAACUG